UUGAUGCUCAAAGCACCAAGAAAAUCUUAAUACUUGAGCUAUUAAUUGUUAUUUGCAAUUUUUGUAGUCCAAUAAAGGUACUGUAAUUAUCUAAAAUGGCAAUAACUGGAUCUUUUUUAUUUUAUUUCUUUUGGUACUAACAACUACUGGAUCAACAUCCUCUGUGGUGGGAGAAAUGGUGACUAUUCUUAGCAUUGAUGGAGGUGGCAUUAAAGGCAUCAUCCCUGCUACUGUUCUUUCUUUUCUGGAAAGCCAACUCCAGGAAUUAGACAAUGAUGAAGAUGCAAGACUUGCAGAUUACUUUGAUGUAAUUGCGGGGACAAGUACAGGUGGCCUAUUGACCACUAUAGAUAGUGCUCCAAAUGAAAAGGGCCGUCCCUUCUCUGCUGCCAAAGAUAUUGUAUCCUUUUACUUCGAGCAUGGCCCUAAGAUUUUUCCACCUGGUGCCUUGCCUCCCUUUUUUGGCCCCAAAUAUGAUGGAAAAUAUCUUCACAAAGUUCUGCAAGAGAAGUUGGGAGAGACUCGUUUGUAUCAGACUUUAACAAAUGUUAUCAUUCCAACCUUUGACAUGAAAAAUUUUCAGCCAACAAUAUUCACCAAAUCGGAGAUAGCAAACUCUCCUCAUUUGGAUGCUAAGUUGUCUGACAUAUGCAUUGGCACCUCGGCUGCUCCAACUUAUUUUCCUCCAUAUUACUUUGAGAAUGAUGAUGGUAAAGGAAAUCAGUAUGAGUUUAAUCUUAUUGAUGGUGGUGUUGUUGCUGCCAAUCCGGCCUUAGUUGCCCUAAGCACAGUAACCAACAGUGUGGAAGCGGAUCCAUCAUUUGCUUCUAUAAAGCCAUUGGACGUUAAACAAAUUCUGCUGCUCUCAUUAGGGACUGGCACUAAUGCAGAUUUUGCUGGGACAUACACAGCAGAGGAGGCAGCUAAUUGGGGUCUUGUUUCCUGGCUAUCUCAUAAUAAUUCGAACCCUCUUAUUGAAAUGUUAUCUGAAGCAAGUGUUAUUAUGAAUGAUUAUUACAUCGCCACCAUCUAUCGCGCUCUUGGUGCUGAAACGAAUUACCUCAGGAUUGAAGAAACUGCAUUAAUUGGCACUACUACCGAAAUGGAUAAUGCUACAGAGGCUAAUAUGAACUUAUUGGUACAAGUUGGUGAAAACUUGUUGAAGAAACCAGUUUCCAAAGAGAAUCCUGAAACCAAUGAGGAAGCUCUAAAGAGGUUUGCCAAAUUGCUCUCAGAAAGGAAGAAACGACGUGCAAACAAAGCCGACUCAUAAUAAUAAUUAUGCUAAUAAUGAAUAAGCGCUUGUAAGGCAUGCAUUAGGCCGUCAAGUCUUGUGUUGUUUUAGAAUAAUCGUGUUUUUCAAUUUCAGAAAUAAAAAGAAGAGAGGAAUAAGUUUCAAUAGAAAUAUCACUCUCUAUGUAAUAAGCUAAUUAUAAGCAUUAUGUAAACUUUUGGUUGUGUUAUUCUAAGCCAAACCAAUGAAAAUAAAAAUAAAAAAAUUUGUCGUUUUAUGCA